AUGACUAAUAACAGCUUCUAUCUAUUCUUUCCUGCAGAUUUUUCCAAUGGAGAACUCUGCAAGAAUGCAGAAGCUGCGAAAGCAGAAGAUUUCUAUUUCUCAGGACUGGAUGCUACCAGAGAGACUGACAACAGAGUAGGGUCAACCAUAACUCUUUUAUCCACUAAUCAGAUUCCAGGACUUGAUGGUUUGUCCCUGGCGAGAACAGACUAUGCACCAAAUGGCGGCUUAAACCCGCCACACAUACAUCCUCAUGCUACAGAGAUCCUAACACUCCUGAGAGGCAUCCUCCAUGUUGGCUUUAUCACAUCAAGUCCUGAAAACCGCCUUAUUACCAAGACACUACACCCAGGAGAUGUGUUUGUCUUCCCUAUUGGUCUCAUACACUACCAGCUUAAUACUGCCAACAACAGCGCACUGGCGAUAAAUAGCUUCAGCAGCAAAAACCCUGGAGUUAUUACCAUAGCAAAUGCUAUCUUUGGCUCUCAUCCUCCGCAUAACCGCGAAAUACUUGCCAAGGCAUUCCAGUUGAACACUGAUACAAUCAACUUCCUCCAACAGAGAUUUAAGGGCAACCAAUAG